GGUUACGUAACGUAAUAUUGAAGAUCCUAAAAGAAGCCACUCCAAGAUAGCAUGGAUCCRGUSUUAACAGCUAUUGCUGUAAUCAUUGUCCUAGCUCUAAUAUACUGGUUUGGUGUUAAAGAUUAUGCAGUGUUGUCCGAUGUACCCAUUAAUGGCCCAAAACCAUKGCCGUACAUUGGAAACCUUCUCGAYUUUAUCCAAGAUGGCGGCAUGCACAAGACGUUGUGGAAGUACUUCAAACGCUUUGGUCGAGUCCACAAGUUCUACGUUGGACGAAGACCUGGCAUUGUUGUCACUGAUCUCGAAAUGAUUAAGAUCAUCGUAGUGAAAGAGUUCGAUAAAUUUCGUAACCGACCGCGCUUUAUUAAGUUCAAUCCUCCAAUGUCCUUCGUCCUUCCAGCAACCCAAGAUGGGACGUGGAAGCGAAUUCGUACGAUUAUGACACCCACUUUUAGUGCUGCAAAACUCAAACAAAUGAAUCCUAUUGUGGAAGAAUGUAUGGAAGUAUUGCAGAAGAAAAUGAAGGUCUUUUCUGAAACUGGAGAAGAUGUGAAUAUCACCAGACUAUUCGCUCUCUUUGCUCUUGAUGUCAUCAUGAAAGCAGCCUUUGGAUACGACAUUGAUGUACAAAACCAGCCCAAUGAUGAAUUUCUUUCUUUGGCGCGAGACGCAUUCAGAGUCCCCUUGUGGAAGAGAGUAUUCUCUGCUGCGCCAUUUUCCAACCAGCUUUGCGACAUUUUCAACAUUCAGUUCUUUUCGAAUGCCGACUACUUCCUUGAAAUUGCGCGCAAGAUUAUUGCCAGCAGACGAGAUCAAGCUGGACCGCCYGCCAGACGUGAUUUUCUCCAACUGAUGCUGGAAGCACACGACAAUCAMGUGGAUGGCAAACCAAAACUCAAUGAUGAGGAACUUGCAGCACAAUGCUUCGUGUUUCUCCUAGCAGGAUUUGAAACCACUUCCACAACAUUGACAAGCACUGCAUAUUAUAUGGCAAACUAUCCUGACAUCCAAGAAACSUUCCAACAAGAACUMGACAAAGCCAGAGAAGAAAACAAAGAUUCUUCGCCGUAUGACCUGGUACACCACAUCGAGUACCUGGACAAAAUCGUUUGCGAAGUGCUACGCUUGUGUAGUCCUGGGUUUAACCUUGCCCGACUCUGUAACCAAGAGGUAGUUAUCAAAGGAAUACGGUUUCCCARGGGCAUCGACGUSAAUAUUCCCACAUACUGCCUGCAUCGUGAUCCCGAGGCCUGGGAACGACCWGAUGACUUCUACCCAGAGCACUUUUCUGCCGAAGCUAAGAAGAAACGUCAUCCGUAUUCAUACAUGCCAUUUGGRCUGGGUCCUCGKCAAUGUAUUGGCAUGAGACUCGCUCUACACGAGGUCAAAAACGCCCUGUUCACUAUCAUGGAGAAGUAUAAGUUUGAAAGAUGCCGUCAAACCRCUGACCUCGAAUACAAGGCGACAUUGAUUAUGCUCCCAAAGAAUGAUGUCAUACUGAAGAUUCGUAAACGCUGACACUGAAAGUGAACGAUGGAACCAGGAAUUCUCAAACCACACAUAGAACAAAAUCAGCUCUACAAGACCUGACARUGAUUCGUUACUUCAGGCAUAUUAAGUUUUGCUUAUUAAAGUCUACAAGUUUUGAUGUUAUUA